CUUCGUCUCACUACUCACCGUCUCAUUUCUUCAGCACAAUCUAACCCGUGCGGGAUCCUCUUCUCUAAUCGCUCAAACUUGAAGGGAAGAUGACCCUCAAAAACGGACUCUGUUCUAUCACGAUGGAAAAACACUAUCCGCGUCUACAGCAUAUGCCGCCCACCUCCUUGACUACUGUGCGCGAUCGAGGUGGCAAGCUGUAUGAUUCCAAUCACCGCCAGAGUUAUGAAUGGUGCAUGUGCCUGAUUCGUAUCUCAUUGGGUCUGGCUGAAGUUCGAGGCUGUGUCUAUCCUGCACCGUCUAUAAAAAGCGGCUGAGAAUUGGGCAUGUCAAUCACACACACACCUUCAUGUCGGUCGCAGGGAACACUACAGUAUUCGACGACGCUCCUGCUGCAAUUAAGAAAGAACAGUUCGAAUCAUUCAACGGUCGACUCAACGAGAAGACUGCUAUGCCCCAAGCGACUGCCAAAGCGGAAGUGGGACCCGGAAGUUUCGUCACAGACGACUAUCUGAAGGAACGGCCUUUCUAUGUACCCAUUGGUCACGGUGGAUUGAUUGCUGCUCUCGAGAAGCUUGAUCGCCAAUUGAUCGAGAGCGGAAGACCGAGUAUUCUUUCCAAGAAAGUCCCAGUCAACUGGACAGGCAAAGAAAUACAUCCCGGACAACUCGGCCUGAUCAGUCAUGGUGGUUCUCCCAAGAUCCUCAUCCGCCCAGGUCGUUAUCCUUCUGUGCUUCAGUGCGUUCCCGUUUCGCAACUGGUGGGGACGAAAAUGGGUGGGAACCCACGGAGUUUCGGAUACUGUUAUUGAAUUUCAGGGUUUGACGGUCGUUCAAGUGUCGCAGAACCAAGCGGCCGUUGUGAGCGAUCCUCAGAACCAGAUUUUCGUGGUAAAGAACUCGGGCUUUGUUGCCUUUGCCGUCGAAGGGAGCUGGGAUUGCUUGGGUGUGACUGAUAUGACCCAUCUGGAGCACGUCGUCGUGGACAAAUUGACCAAUGUCACCCUGGGAUGGACGCAUGAAGUUUCUAUGAAGAGUCAAAUCGGUUAUGGUUCUACCAAGAAUUACGUCGUCGCCCUUUUCCUCAAUAUUCCUGCCAACAAUUGUGCCAUUCUCCAACGUGGAGAUGAACUGCAACUUCUCGGCGCUGGCCAGUCUGUAAUCACCAAUCCAUCGGUGACUCUGCGUGGACUAUACACUUUGGGCGAGAACCAACUCGAGUUACCAACGAAGGACAUCUUCACUCGAGAUCAGGUCCCGGUCUCUCUCAGAUUAUAUCUCAAGUGGCAACUCACGGAGCCGCUCAAACUUGCGACACAUGGCUACAACACACCAUACGAUGCACUGCGUGACAAGACACAAUCGAUUCUCACCCAAAUUGUAUCGCAUCUGGACUACUCGUCGAUGGUCAAGCAACGCACGCUUGGUCCAAACAAUAUAGACGACAACAACGACCCUUCCUCGCAAUUUCUGGACUCGCUGAGAACACAGGCGAUGGACGAAAUGCAUGAAGCUGCUCUGGAGUAUGGGAUUGUCUUGAAGGAUCUCGCUGUGAUCGACCGGCAAUUCAAGGGCGAGAUUGCCAACACCAUGGACAAACUUACGACACGCGCUCUCCACACCCAAGUCGAAGCAGCCAAUGUGGAUCGUGAAAAUCAAAAUCAUGUGAAGCAGGAGGAAGGUGCUCUGGCCGUGUCUCGGAUCAAGGCCCAAUCUCAGAAUGCGCUUGCGGACUCGGAGGCGUACAAAGUUGUUGCAGCCGCCAAAGCUCAGGCCGAGAGGCUGAAGAUAGAAGCAGAGGCUGCCGCGCAAGCCACGCGCAUGACAGCCGAGGCUGAGGCUGAGGCCAUCCGGAUCAAAGCCGAGGCCAAUACUCGCGUCGUUGACCAGUUCGCUCGCGAAAUGGAGUUGCGGAGAUUGGAGGUACUGCGCGUUCAAGCUUACGGAGACAAGGCUGUGUUUGUGCCAGAAACUGGAUCAGGCAUGAGUCAGGCCAUGGCGAUGGGCAUGGCUGCCGGACUGGGUGCUGAGGCCAGCCGGAGAUAGUGCUCGCCAUUAGUACGUCGUUUUCAGUCAUUAUGUAUCGUCUUGCAUAGCAAUAAAUUCGAGUCAUUUGCCCCGCC